AUGAAUCCUCCAGCUCAAUUUCGCUCGCUUCGACCUGAGUCUCUGUUCUUGCGCCUGGCUAGGAACGGUAGCAACAGCAGCCCGGUUACGCCAGUCCUUAUACGAUAUAGCCGUUAUGCGACACAGAGCAGCUUAGGUGGCUCAAAGAACGUCCAAUCGACGAGGAAAUCGAUUACUGUGGCCAGUGAUGAUGGUACAGUCAAAUGGGGACAACUUUCGCGAGCGGAAAAGGUGGCAAGGGCUACACAGCAGUCCGUCAAUUUUCUCGUCAUUGUGGCCGGCGCAGUGAUGACGUGCGGAGUCUUCACGUUUUUAUACCUCGACGUAUUUGCGCCGGACAGCAAGACGAACCAAUUCAAUCGUGCAGUGAAUCGCGUGAAAGAGAGCGAGGAAUGCCUGGCUCUUCUUGGAGAUAGCAAGCAGAUCAGAGCCUAUGGGGAGACGUCAUGGAACAAGUGGACGAGAAACCGGCCAAUUGCCACCACAAUUGAGACAGAUAGGAAAGGAAACGAGCAUAUGAGGAUGAAUUUCCACGUCAGCGGCCCACUCAACGAUGGUGUCGUGUUAGUCCACCUGGUCAAGUUGGCUGGACAGCACGACUUUGAAUACCACCUGUUGGCUCUAGAUGUCAAAGGUCAUCGCCGAGUAUACCUUGAGAACGCGGAUGCGGCCAAGAAGGCCGCUGCAAAGGCCGGAUCCACAAUAUUUGGAAUCCAGUGGCGGUAG